GUUGCGGGCUGCGGGCAGCAAGUAAUUUUCAGAUCCCCUCUUCUGUCCUGGGCCUGGCCGGCGGGCAACUUUUUAACACGCCCACUUACCUAAAUACCUGCACUUGCAUAUUUCUCUUCCCUCCCCUUCCCCUUCUCCCACCAACUCCACCUCUCCCAUCCUCUCCAUCCCGGUGUUGGCCAUCGUCGCAUUCUCCUCAACUCUCUUUUUCCAGACCACCACAGACUCCCCCAGUCCAAUCCUUCAAAAUGGCCGACGACGCCCAGCACGAGCACACCUUCGACUCCGCCGAUGCCGGCGCGUCGCUGUCCUACCCUAUGCAAUGCUCGGCCCUCCGCAAGAACGGUUUCGUCCUGAUCAAGGGCCGCCCCUGCAAGAUCGUUGACAUGUCGACCUCCAAGACCGGCAAGCACGGUCACGCCAAGGUCCACUUGGUCGCCCUCGACAUCUUCACCGGCAAGAAGAUGGAAGAUCUCUGCCCUUCCACCCACAACAUGGACGUCCCCAACGUCUCUCGCCGCGAGUACCAGCUCCUCGACAUCUCCGACGAUGGUUUCCUCUCCCUGAUGAACGAGGAUGGCGACACCAAGGACGACGUCAAGAUGCCCGAUGGUGAGGUUGGUGACAAGAUCACCCGUCUCUUCAAGACUGAGGAGAAGGACACCAAUGUCAUCAUUCUCACCUCCAUGGGUGAGGAGGCCGCUGUUGAGGCCAAGGAGGCCCCCAAGCAGUAAGCGUCUCGCUCUGCGAUGGAUGAUUCUGCAAACAGCCCCACGGACAGCAUGGACGCCUAUCGGUACAGCCACCGGCAUAAGCGCCAUGCCAGUCGCGAAUGACGAUCGCUACGCUCUAUUUGAAGCCAUAGACAUUCGAGGAUUUGCCCCUCCUCUUGUGUUCGUUGCAUGAGCAGCGGGUUAUGUUUGGACGAACUUGGGUUUUUUCUCUGCUAGGUAUAUGACACGGUCACGAAAAAAGUACUUCGACGGGAGAACCCGCAAAUUUAUGACACACAACGUUCAGAAGCGCUUCGAUGCGCCGUCACUCGUGAUAUUGGCCUUGAGGUGAAAUGUUUGCCUCAAAGUGACAGAAUGGUCAGAAUGAUUUGAUAUCGAACGAAAACUUCCAGUUUGCAAAAGGGUGCCAUCGAGCCCCAUGCUGUGGCGUGAAAUACGACCGUAAACAGGGCGUAGAGAGGAGCAUUAC